AUGUCACCACCAACGCCCUCCGAAUUCGUCACGCUAGUAUCAGGCGAUGGCUUCGAAUUCGUCCUCCCGCGCAGCACAGCCUGCGUGUCCGGGACAAUUCGUCGCAUGCUGGACCCGUCGAGCAAAUUCGCCGAAGCAUUGACAGGCCGCUGCGUCUUGGAAAACAUCAGCGGCGUCGUUCUCGAAAAGGUGUGCGAGUAUUUCUGCUACAACGAGAAGAACAAAGACCAGACCAACGUGCCGGACAUGGAUAUCCCCCCGGAGCUGUGUCUGGAGUUGCUGAUGGCGGCGGAUUACCUUGAUACGUGA